UCGCCUCUACUGCCCACACAUACUUUCAAUAUUGUUAAUACCGCUUGGUCGGCUGGACAGACCUGCAGCAGAGUCGUGGAGUGUUCGAACGUGUUGUUCAGCAUCGAAUUCGAAUUAGGAGAUGGUAGCUUAAACCGUCAAAAUGUCUGAGAAUGCUGAUAGUGAAGGAGAUUUGAUUGAUCUUGGAUCACCGGUUCUACCUCGAAUUCCUCCAUUUCCCAGUCAAACUCCGGAAGAAAUCUCUGACAAUCUUCUCGAUUCUGAACUGCCAGUUCUCGAGCAAAAACUACAAACUAGUGCUAAAUCAAACGUCACAGAAAUUCGAAGACACAGCAUCGAUGUCGAAGACAUUCUAAUCACCAUAGAUGACGACAGUGAGUACCCCUUAUCUCGCCUCAAUUCCGUCAGACGAAGCAACAGUGAGGCCCUCAUUCACCACCCUAAGAACCACCUAGACAAAUCCUGGUCAUGUGAUAACCUCGAAGCUUUGACAAUCCUCAAAAACCUCGACGAAAUUUUGAACGCUUCCCUUUUGGAAUCCGACCAAAUCCUCAAUGACCACGACUCUGUCACAGAUGAGCAAACGCAAGAAACAAUCGAGGCUUGUCUGCUAGAUUUAGACAAUUAUCUCCAAGCAUUCGAUUCGAAUUCAUCGAAUUGUGUCGAAGAUCGGUCGAGUGUGAGAAGUAGUGCAAGUUCGUUGCAUUCGGAUUCGACUGAUGAUGCUGAUUUGAGGAACAGAUUGAGGCUGAUGGAAGAGAACUAUGCCCGGUUUUUGGCUGCAGGGUGUGUUAAUAGGGCGUAUGUUGACACUGAGACUAACGAGAGGACUCAGAGGAGGCCACUGAGUGCUUGUGAUGGACGCAGUGAAGCGUUGGAGCGCAACCAUCCGACCAGAGCCACGGUAGCUGUGGUCAAGAGGGAGCGGCCGGGAAAUACGAGCGCACCACCCUCGCCCCACCGGACAUCCGGCGCAGGUGACUCCGACGACGACAUCGACUGGAGCUGGCUGCAGGAAGCCGCACGUGGCGUAAACUCUGAACGGCGCGCACACGCCGCCGGUGACUGCUGUACCGGAACCGUAGUCGUGGAGCCCCUCCAAAGAGCCACUUCUUCUUCAGAAGUCCCCAAACCCAGCACCACGUGGUUGCGCUCUUCCAUGCGUCGAUUGCGACACUUCCGUUUGCCGAGCAAUGGGGAAAACGCCCCCAUGGAGACGCCCAGAGUAGAGCCGGUGCCGGAGGUGGUGCGACCCGUGAGUGCACCUUCGAGACUCUUGCCUAGAGAAGCCAGUGCAGUGUCGCAACAGCCGGCCGGGAGGGCCAGUUCGGCGUCGAGGAGUUUGUCCUCGAGUGUGAGCAGUUUAGCGUCGACGGUAGACACCUCGCACAGUUGUACCCCCGCACCGACGCCUACGCACAACCAGCAAGAAGCAAACAGCACGAGAAGAUCAUGUGAGAGACGCCGCGCUAGCGACAUGCCGGAAUCAGAGAGCCCUCUGGGACAGUGGCCUCACAGCUUAAGUUCCAUGAUGGCCUGUCUCGGCUGUACUCUAGGCCUUUUCAACAUUUCGCGGUUUGCGAUUUUGACUGUCCAUUUCGGCGCUAAUUUUAUUUUCCAAUUUGUUAUCCUAUCACUAGUCUUCGGUUUGCCACUUUUCACUCUCCAGUUAUGUCUCGGACAACAGCUAGGAGCCGGUGUUAUAGACAUGUGGCGGAUAUCGCCUUUGUUUCAAGGGGUCGGAGUUGCCCUUCUUAUCUCUCAAGCCCUCCUUGGGCUUUAUAGCAUAAUUGGAGUUUCAUGGAUGUUUGUUUUUUUCCGAGACUCGUUUAUUACCAAAAUGGAUAAAUAUCGAUGGGCUGAGCCUUAUAUGUUCUACAGGCCUGAUGUUCAACCACCUAUCAACGGGAGUUACAAACUCACAGAGACGAUUCCCGAUUAUUUCAGUGGAAUUGUCCUCCAGAGACACUAUUUAGCAACCGGAAGCUCGUAUGGAACAAUCAAAUUUCAACUAGCUUUUAACUUGGCUGUUGUUUGGAUGAUUGUUUUUGUAUCUUUAAGCAAAGGAUUAAGAUCUUAUGGCAAAGUGAUUUACGUUUUUACACUUUUGCCUGUCUUUGGUACUUUUGUCUUGUGUGCCAAAAUUUUAGGCUUAAUGCCGACUGAUUAUGAUAGUUUUACUUUUCCUGAAGCCUCUUGGAAUGAGUUCUUCCUUAAUCCAAAGAGUUGGUUAGCGGCUGCCCAAGAAACUUUUCUAACUUGGGGGAUGCUAGGAGCUGCAGUUAUGCAAAUCGCAUCACACAAUAAGCACAAACAUUUGCUUCAAAGGGAUUCUAGUCUAGUAGCUGUAAUAACUUUAACGGUUUUGAUACUUAUGGGUUUUUUGGCCAAUAAAAGUGUCGAAAUUUUGCGCACUUUUGGCUACAAUUACUUACCUGAUUCUUUCGAAAAUAUAAACUCUUACACAUUUCUCGAAUCAACAAGAGGUCGAGUACCUCCAAAAUACUCCAAUACUCCAAUCAAAUACAUGGUUCACAAUUCGUUCUUUUUGGGAGAGAAGGUGAUACGACCGGGGGUUGACAGUAGCGUGGAAAGUGGCUACCAGGCUCUCCGACUCGCUACUGAACUGGUUCCCGCCACUUUUGCCGUCUUGGGGGCCGAAAAAAUGUCACCAUUCUGGGCUGUGUUAUUUUAUUUUAUCUUAAUUUUGUUUGGUAUAGCCCAACAGUUGGCAAUAUGGCAUUGUGUGAUAACCGGAAUUAUGGCUAUUAAAGCCCAAGUACUGAAAUCAUGGGAGACUACUAUAACACUUUUUAGUUGCAUUUGUGGCUACAUUCUUGGACUUCCAAUGGCCACAGAGUUUGGGAUAUACGUGGUCUUUUUUAUGGACUACACAGUGGGUGGGCUGUGGUGGCUCAUUGUUAUCAUCCUCCUCCAAAUCAUUGCAGUGUUUAUGGUCCGGGGGCGCCCCUACAGUGGUGACACAGUUGUCACAGCAUUGUUUACACCAAAUAAUCACCCGUGUAUAUUAAGUUGGGCCCCAGCCUUACUGUCUUUUACAUGGAACGUAAUUUUACCUGUAGCUUUAAUGGUCUUAUGUAUCAGUACAGUGAGAAAUGGUAACUUUAGGGACAUUUUUGUUUGGCACCAUGCUCCCGUUCCGGAAUACUGGCCUUUGUGGGCCCGCCAGUUUGGUUCUAUGUUACAAUUAGUACCAAUCCUCCUUGUUCCUCUAGUAGCAGUAAUACAGAGUUACAGAUAUCUCAGUAAUGGUCCUACCGACAUUUUAGAGGAGUACGAAGAUCAAUCCAAUCAUAGAAUACAAUUGUUGUACAGGCCACCAAUAGGCGAACACAUGACGGAUUUGGCCGUUCACGAGGCAGUUAUUGCUAAUAACAAUGCAAACAACUCUUCACCCAACACCCUAGGUGUGACGGAGGAUCCACCCCCGAAAUACACACCUCCGCCGUCAUACACUACAGCAACGGGGGCUCGCCUUGCUAAAUUUUUGCGGCAAAGUAUCAGAAGGUCGGUCCGGAGGCUUGCGAAUGUCUUGGGGGAGAGUAGUACGGCGAGACUGAGGUCAAACUUACCCCAAACUCAACCACCACCGCCCGAUUACAACGCAGUUCUAGUCGAAAUGAGUCAAACGAAUAGUACUGAUGUUUCAAUCUCGGUUCCUGAUGCUAGUACUAGGAUUUCGACUCUGGAACGGCUGAGAAACAUUCAGCCGACUCCCGGAUCCCCGACUCUCACAGCAGCGGAAGUAGCGUCAAUACUUAGGAGUAGUUUCCGGAGAAGUAAUAUCAGAAGAAAUAAUAAUUUUCCCGAUGAUAGUGUCGCUUCACUCAGUGCGGAAAAUCUGGUCGAUUCGGCGGCACCGAUCGGUGAAACAUCGCUGGUUUUAGAUCACUUGCCCCAAGAUACUGUUAAACGUGAAUCUAACUCAUCUGUGAUAUAAGUUAUUGUUUCGAUUUAGUACCGGCACUCUUAUUUAUGAGUUAAUGUCUUUUCGGUAUGUCCAAAAGAUGUUUUUUUUUACUUUUGUAACCAACUUCAUUAUUAUAUAAUGUAAAGAACUGAUACAUAGAAUGUACAAAAAAUUAAACUGAUCUAAUUUAAAAA